AUGGGAGCUGCAACGGUGGUGCCAGCGGGCAGUGGUGCCAGGAGACCCACGUCCCCCAGGCCUCCUCCAUCAACUCUCCGGUUUGGCAAUAGGAGCAGUUUCUGCCCCGUUACACCGGCAGCGGGGCCGUGGCGGGGUCGGGAAAGCAGCUCGGGGGCUGCAGCAGCCUGCGGGGCAGCGCGGUGUGUGACUGAGAUCAGGGCUCUUAUCGUACAGAGCGUGGCCCUGUUCCGCCAGGUGCUGCAGAGACCCCAACAGAGGUCAGACCCCACUGUUGUGACAGGUGCUGUGGAGACCCCAAGUGAGAUCUGUGCCUCUGUUGUGCUGGGCACUGCAGAGACCUCGACUGAGAUCUGUGUCCCCAUUGGGCCUGGCACUGCACUGAUCCUGACCCAGAUCACGCCCCACCCCUGUACUGGGCACUGCACAGACCCUGAUAGAUCGUGCCUCCACAUUUUGCCUGAUGCUGCAGGGACCCUAAACAAAAUCAGGGAUCCUGUGAUGCUGGGAGUUGCAGAGUCCCCGACUGAGGUCAGGCCCGCUGUUGUGCAGGGCUCCUGCACAGACACCAAGAUCAGGGUUCUCAUUGUGACUGGUGCUGAAAAGACAGCAAGGGUAUCUCUACCCUGCUGUUAAAACCCCCCAG